GGUGGGGCAACAGACAACCUAAAAGAGAAAAUCAGGUCGUUUGAGGGAACAGUUGGCUUCUGCACGGACGUCGGGGACGUGUUAUCAUAUAACUUGCUCAGAACAAAAUAUAAUCAUGCUGCUUCGUAAAGUGACCCAGUCUUCCGCACUGUGCGGCACCAUUCUCAGGAUUCCUCCCGUGGUUUCUAGAGGUCAGGCCAAGGCUGUAUUUGCUGUGCAAAACUCCCGUCUCUACGCAAGUCAAGCCGCACAGGCUGUGCUGGAGAAGCCGGCAGCAGUUGGCAGUGAUACUGCCACUAAAGUGGAAAAGAAGACAGUUGCUCAGGAGUCGAAAUCAUUUGCCGUCAACAUUUUCAAGGGGCAGAUUGCAACUGCCCAGGUGUUUCCCUUCCCCUCAGCCCUCAACGAGGAGCAGGAGCAGUUCCUACGAGAGCUUGUGGGACCUGUCAACAAAUUUUUUGAGGAGGUGAAUGAUCCUGUCAAGAACGAUGCAUUGGAGAAGGUGGAGGAUCACACCAUGGAGGGCCUGAAGGAGAUGGGUGCCUUUGGCCUGCAGGUGCCAGCUGACCUGGGUGGCCUUGGCCUCACAAACACACAGUAUGCCCGAUUGGUUGAGAUCGUUGGCAGUCAUGACCUGGGCGUCGGCAUCACUCUGGGUGCCCACCAGUCGAUUGGCUUCAAGGGCAUUCUGCUUUUUGGGAAUCCGGCCCAGAAGGAAAAGUACCUGCCCAAGCUUGCCACAGGUGAGAAUAUAGCCGCCUUCUGUCUGACAGAACCAGCCAGUGGCUCUGAUGCCGCCUCUAUCAAGACCACAGCUGUUCAGUCCCCCUGCGGACAAUAUUACACUCUCAAUGGAAGCAAGAUCUGGAUCAGCAAUGGAGGCCUGGCUGAGAUCUUCACUGUGUUUGCCAAGACACCCAUGAAGGAUCCCAAGACUGGGGAGAUGAAGGACAAGAUCACAGCCUUCAUCGUGGAGAGGAGCUUUGGAGGAGUGACAAAUGGCCCUCCAGAGAAGAAGAUGGGCAUCAAGGCGUCCAACACAGCCGAGGUCUAUUUCGAUAAUGUUCGCGUGCCAGCCGACUGUGUACUGGGUGAGGUUGGUGGAGGUUUCAAGGUAGCCAUGAACAUCCUCAACAACGGGCGCUUUGGCAUGGCGGCCGCCCUCUCUGGCACCAUGAAGGGAGCCAUCACCAAAGCUGUGGAUCAUGCAGCCAACAGAACCCAGUUUGGGAACAAGAUCCACAACUACGGAGCCAUCCAGGAAAAGAUGGCGCGCAUGGCGAUGCUGCAAUAUGUCACUGAGUCAAUGGCCUACAUGAUCAGCAGCAACAUGGACAGUGGAUCAACCGAGUUCCAGAUAGAAGCUGCCAUCAGCAAGAUCUUUGCCUCUGAAGCGGCAUGGACCGUGACUGACGAGUGUAUUCAGGUUAUGGGCGGUAUGGGUUUCAUGAAGGACUCUGGAGUGGAGAGGGUGAUGAGGGAUCUGAGAAUUUUUCGAAUCUUUGAGGGCACCAACGACAUCCUCAGGCUCUUCGUGGCACUCAAUGGUUUCCAGAAUGCCGGUAACCAGCUGAAGAGUUUACAGAAGGCCCUGAAGAACCCGCUUGGCAACGCCGGGCUGCUGGCAGGCGAAAUCACAAAGAGAGCCAAAAGGAAGGCAGGUUUGGCCACAGGUCUCACACUGCAGGGAACUGUACAUCCUGAGCUGGCACAGAGCGGUGAACUGGCGGUUAAAGCCAUCGAACAAUUCGGAGUGGUCAUUGAGGAGCUGCUCAUCAAACAUGGCAAGAAGAUAAUUGAUGAACAGUUUGUCCUGAAAAGAGUCGCAGACUGUGCCAUUGACCUCUACGCCAUGGUGGUUGUCCUGUCCAGGGCUUCACGCUCUCUGAGCCUGGGCCAUGCCUCAGCUCAGCACGAAAAGAUGCUGUGUGAGACCUGGUGUGUGGAGGCGCAUGAGAGGAUCAUGAGCGACAUCAAGACUUUGCGCUCCGGUGAGUCCAGGCGGCUCUUCAAAAACCUGAGGGCCAUCUCUGCAGCUAUGGUGGAGAACGGAGGAGUGGUUUCUCCUCAUCCUCUGGGUUUCUAAACAAACCACGUCCACCCCACUUUUUUUCCUUUCUGUUUUUCCUUUUUUCCCCCCUCCGACUCUUACUAGGUUCUGUUUCACUUGUGGCAGGUUUUUCCUUCAGACUUUAUCAACUUUACUGUCAUCAUUGUUCCAUCGCACAUCAGUGGUACACAAAAUCUCACUCUGUACGACUAAACUUUCAUGUAGUGAGUUGCACCUGCCACCUUGGGGUGAAUUACUUACUACUUGCAUACUACUACACAGGAAUCACAACCUGAAACUUAUUGGUUCAUCAUACUGCUUUAUCUUGAUUGCCAUCAGUUGUGGUGUCUUUGUGAAAACCUGCUUCACUGUCAUUUAUUUAUUUCAUUCCAACCAAUGAUCUCUAAGAAUUUGAGCUGGCGCUUUUAUCUGUAUGAAGUAAAACAAAAACUAAUAAAUUACACAGUGGUUCAGAGGUAUUUUCACAAAUCCUUCGACCCUACCACCUGCAUUUAACAACCACUGAUGACUGAAUGUUUCCAAUGUGUGCAUGGAGCUUUUAAAUGCACCGUUUGGCCUUCAUAACUAUAGCUGAUUGAAAGAUCUCAUCAUUUAAUCUGCUUAAACAUGAACUUGUGUUAUUUUUGUCUAAACGUAAAUAGAACAGUAUCAAUGCAACUUUGAGGUAAGAGGCCAGUUAACUGAGGGAGCUUUGAACUUAACUGUUUUAAGCGAUUUAAUUUAUACACAAAGUUAGGACAGAUUACGCCUUUGAAUUUGUACACUUAUCUACAGUGUGUUCAGAUAUGUAUAUAUAUAUAAUGGUGUGGUGUUUAUGUGCUUUAACGCCUUUCUGCAUGUUAAUUAAGCUCACUCGGUGCUCAUCACAGAAACAUUAAUGUCAGGAGCAAACCCUUUGCCUUAGAAACCGGUCCACAGAUGCUGUUCAAACUUCCUGUUAGGGCUUGAGUCAAAAACAAAAUGUACAGUUUGUUCUUUACUCAUUACCGAUGGCCGUCACAUUAGUUUCCAAAGUGUAAGUGUUUAUUUCCUCCGCUAAAGGCAGCAGGCAUCAUUAACUGUACUUGAGGAAAAUGAACUGUCAGUCUGCUUAACUGGUUUCACAUAGUUUUAAAAGUUAUUUCUUGCGCCUCAAACUUUGAGUUUGUGACUGUCUGUACAGAAUCCAUGAAACCUAAAAGAGAUCUACACAUACACUUGCCUUCUCAUAGUUUGUAUUGUGACAAACGUGUUGCUGUUAGAUGAUAUCGCGUGCCAGACGGUUGUCUCCGUGGAGUAGCAACGUUUGUGCUGUUUGGUUUAACAACGCACUUCUCUUGGGGUUAAUAAAUAAAAUACCUGUUCAUCUGGCUGUCUAUCCCUUGAUGUGAUUGGAUGUCCAUAUUAGUCUGAUUUAUUUGUACUGCUGUUUUUCUGUCACUAAACAUACCUUUGUGAGGCUUUGGCCUGAACAGAGUUGCAGUACAAAUGUUGCAUCUGUAAUGUCCAGCUUCAUUUUGUUACCAUAUCUGUGAACGUGGCUUUUAACAGGCCAAAGUAGACUGACUUUUUUUUCUGGUUUCUUCCUGUACAAGCUUUUGUUACCUGUUAAAACUGACUAAAAUACUGAAGCUCAGCCAAAAAAAAAAAAAAGGAAAAAAAAAAAAAAUCCCAUCCUGCCAGA